AUGAACCCCCUGAGCUGUCUCCUUAGGAACUCUGGAUACGGAUAUGUCAUCGACAAAAGCAGAAACAUCCGAGUUAGCCAUCAACUCUAUAUAGACGACCUGAAGCUGUAUGCUGCCAGUAAGGACCAACUGAAGAGGUUGCUGGAGCUGGUUGCCUCGUAUAGUGAUUCUAUAAACAUGCAGAUCGGGGUGGAAAAGUGUGCAGUGCUUGAAAUUAGAAGAGGAAAAAUUCAGGAGACAGAAACUAAUACAGUCCUCAUGAACACGAUCGCGAUUCCUCAGCUGGGCAAUCAUGAGUCGUACAAAUACUUAGGAGUUAGGCAGGCGCUUGACAUAAAAACGGCUGAGAUGAAGAACCAUUUUAAGGAAAAAAUAUACAGUAGAGUCAAUAUGCUCCUGAAAUCUAAAUUGAACUCAAGAUCUCUCUUCAAUGCCAUUAACACGUGGGCUAUCCCAGUUAUGACAUUUUCCUUUGGAAUAUUAACAUGGUCUGCUACUGAUCUCCGUGGUAUGGACACUGCUAUAAGAACAAUGCUAACUAAGUUCGGAAUGCAUCAUCCGCAUUCAUCAAUUAUUCGUCUUUACCUGCCGCGGCAUCAGGGAGGCAGAGGCCUGGUUAAUUUAGAGCGAGCGCAUGGGGAAAGCGUGGAUGACCUCAGAGAAUACUUUUUCGCCCAGAACUCACCGUUUUUCCAGGCCGUUCGCGAGGCUGAUCAAAAUAUAUCAGCAUUAAAGCUGAAUGAGCCGGAGAGCAGAGAUCCUUGUGUGUCUGUGGAUGAGCUGAUGGAGCAGUGGAAGGCCAAGGCGUUACAUGGUAGAUAUCCGGGACAUCUGGAAAGUAGAGAGGUUAAUAAGCAAGAAUCUCUAACUUACCUUCGUGCAGGGUACCUGUUCCCGGAGACGGAGGCAAGACUAAUAGCUAUCCAGGACCAGGUCAUGCCCACUAGGGCAUACCUGAAGCACAUAGCAGGAGUGGACAUCCCAACGGACAGGUGCAGAAGAUGCUCUCAAGCGCCUGAGUCCAUCCAGCAUCUGACGUCGUCGUGCUCUAUUCUGGCCCCAACCGACUACCUGGAGAGGCAUAACGUAAUGGGAAGGAUAUAUCACCAGCAGAUAGCGCUCAAGUUGGGUCUGAUCAGCGAGGAAGUCCAACAGCAUUUAUAUAAACCGAAGAUCUUAUUACAAAAUCAAAGGUAUAAACUGUACUGGGAUGCGACUCUUAUUACGGACCGCGGAGUCGCAAAUAAUAGACCGGACAUUGCACUAUUUGACAAGGAAAAGAAAACAUGCCUUCUGGUGGAUUUUACGGUGCCGGCUGACGACAAUCUCGCGAGAGCAUAUACGGAAAAGGUGACGAAAUAUGGAAGUCUGGCGUUGCAGAUGAAGGAGAUAUACGGACUGGAACAUGUCUCGGUUCUUCCGCUCAUAAUAUCGGUGAAUGGAUUGGUGGAGGCUCAUUUGAUAGAAAACACCGAUAAGCUGUGUUUGGAUAGAUCAGUGAUCUCGAGCGCACAAAAGCAGGUUGUGUUGGGGACAAUACGAACAGUGAGGAAGGUCUUGCAAGGACUCUAG